UUUUUUUUUUUUUUUUUCAUUUUUCCUCGUUAUUAUUUUAUUUCACCAACUCCGAUUUAGCCCGGGAUCUUUUAACUGCUGCCAGCGGUGGAGCACAGAUCGGGAUUAGAUCUUUUCCUCCCCUGUUCCCAAGGUCCUCCUCCUAAGUGGCCACCAUGGGAAGUAAGACUCUGCCGGCCCCAGUGCCUAUCCAUCCUUCCCUCCAGCUUACCAACUACUCCUUCUUGCAAGCAUUCAACGGGCUGCCCGCUGUGCCUUCUGACCACCUCUCCAAUCUCUAUGGCUUCAGCGCCCUGCACGCCGUACACCUGCACCAGUGGACUUUGGGCUACCCGGCCAUGCAUCUGCCCCGUUCCUCCUUCUCCAAAGUGCCCAGCGUAUCGAGCCUGGUGGAUGCACGGUUCCAGCUGCCCACCUUCCCACUCUUCCCACAUGUCAUCCAGCCCAAGCAAGAGGCUGCUAACAUGACCCUCAAAGCUAAACCCCGCUUUGAUUUUGCCAACCUAGCAGUGGCUGCCACACAAGAGGACCACUCUAAACUGGGACAGGUGGAUAGCCAGGGCUCCCCGCCAGGGCUGGGGUCUUUGCUUGAGGUGACUAAACUCUCUCCGGAGAAGAAACCCACCCGGGGAAGGUUACCAUCCAAAACCAAGAAGGAAUUUGUGUGUAAAUUCUGUGGCAGGCACUUCACCAAGUCGUACAACCUUUUGAUCCAUGAAAGAACCCACACUGAUGAACGGCCCUACACAUGCGACAUAUGCCACAAGGCCUUCAGAAGACAAGAUCACCUGAGAGACCACAGAUAUAUCCAUUCUAAAGAAAAGCCUUUUAAGUGUCAAGAAUGUGGGAAAGGAUUUUGCCAGUCCAGAACACUAGCUGUCCACAAGACACUGCACACACAAGUAAAGGAACUGAAACCUGCCAAACUUAAGUGCUGAAGCUCCGACUUCUAUGAACUUUUCCUGCCCUUCAGAUUUUACACCAAAACCAGAACAGAAACAAAACUGUCAGGAUGGGAGCACAGAACUUUGCAUUUUUUUUUGUUUGUUUGUACUUUAGAAAGAGCAAAAUCUCCCCAAGAAUCUCACUUCUUAAAUUGUGGAUGAAAAGAUUACUUGGCGUUUAAAACAUGCAUGAAUGACACAGAAAGUGCUAGAUGUGUGGCUUAGAUAAACUUUAUGCCAAAAGGUGGUGCUCACGUGUCGGACAGAAAUCUCCUUAAAAACCAAACAAAAACCUACAAUACCCACAAAAAAAAUCCCCCACAAAAAAAUCCCAGCAGAUCCCCCUGACCCCUCCCAACUCGUAACUUCCAAAAGUAUUACUUAAAAAAAAAAAAAAAAAAAGAACAAACUCUUAUUUUAUACUUUUUUUUUUUUUUUUUUUUUUUUUUUGACUGUAUAAAGCUUAUUAUUUUUACACUUCGGGAAAUACAGAGAAUUCCAGAAGAUGGUUAAGAACUGCAGUGUUGGUUUCUCAUCAUAGCACCAGCAGGACAAGGAGAAGGGCAACUCACAAAUCUUGUUUGCUUCUUUGUCUUCUUGAAAGAAGAAAAAUAACUUUUGGAAAUGAUCGUAGAUGUCUUGAGUGAGGAGUCCUAUAACGUGCUGGAAAAUGAAUCCAGGACUUAAACCUGAGGGUCCCCGGUGUUGGGACAAAUCAGCGUCCUUGGGACGUGGAGACCUUUCUUUUUGCCUUGUGGUCUAAGCAUGCUGCGAGGAGGUUUGUCACUUGUGGACUUAUUUAAAAAUGAAAAAUAAAAGCAAAGGGAAGAAAGACGGCAAUGCAUCAAACUGUGCACAACGUGGUCUGCGUGGUACUUCGUGAGUCCUGAUGAGAAGGAACAAAUCUCAACCUGAGAGCGUAUUUUUCUAAAAUGCUGGCUUUCUGAACAGUGUAUUCAAAUUAAGAGACAUUCCAGUAAGUUUUGUUUAUUAAAAGGAAAAAAAAAAAAAAAAAAAGUUGUAUGGCUGUUUGGCACUUUAUGCUGAUUAUUGGUAAUUGACAUUUAUCACUGGAUUGUGUGUGGUUUUUUGGUUUUUGUUUUUGUUUUUGUUUUUGU